AUGAUAGACCAGGGUCUCAUUCUGCACGAUGGUUCUUAUUUCCGUGACAUGUGGAACCUCCUGGACUUCAUCGUGGUGGUGGGAGCUCUCAUCGCCUUCGCUCUGACGAAUGUGCUGGGGAACACAAAAGGCAGAGACAUCAAGACGAUCAAGUCCCUCCGAGUUCUAAGAGUUCUGCGGCCGCUUAAAACCAUCAAGAGGCUUCCAAAGCUCAAGGCGGUUUUUGACUGUGUGGUCACGUCUCUAAAGAACGUCUUCAACAUCCUCAUUGUGUACCAGCUCUUCAUGUUCAUCUUUGCUGUCAUCGCGGUCCAGCUCUUUAAGGGGAAGUUCUUCUUCUGCACUGACAGCUCCAUGAAAACAGAAAAGGAAUGUCGAGGCUUCUACAUUGACUACAGCAGAGACAAGAAGGAGGUGAAGAGAAGGGAGUGGAGGAGACACGAGUUUCAUUACGACAACGUCUGCUGGGCCCUGCUCACCCUUUUCACUGUGUCGACAGGAGAAGGGUGGCCUCAGGUCCUUCAGCACUCGACUGAUGUUACUGAGGAGAACAUGGGACCGAGUCGCGGGAACCGGAUGGAAAUGUCCGUUUUCUACGUGGUCUACUUUGUGGUCUUCCCUUUCUUUUUCGUCAACAUCUUYGUGGCUCUGAUCAUCAUCACCUUUCAGGAGCAGGGUGACAAGCUGAUUCAGGAGUGCAGUCUGGAGAAGAACGAGAGGGCCUGCAUUGACUUCGCCAUCAGCGCAAAGCCGAUGACCCGCUACAUGCCCCAGAACAGGCAGACCUUCCAGUACAGACUGUGGCACUUUGUGGCCUCGCCUUCCUUUGAGUACACGGUGCUCGUCAUGAUCGCUCUAAACACUGUUGUCCUGAUGAUGAAGUACCACUCGGCUCCAACAGCUUACGACGCCGUCCUGAAACACCUAAACACGGCUUUCACCGUCCUCUUCUCCAUGGAGUGUAUACUCAAGAUCAUGGCUUUUGGUUUAGUGAACUACUUUCGAGACACGUGGAAUAUUUUUGACUUCAUCACCGUUCUUGGCAGCAUCUCAGAGAUAAUUGUGGAUUUGCAGUCGGUGAACACCAUCAACAUGAGUUUCCUGAAGCUGUUCCGGACAGCCAGGUUGAUCAAGCUGCUGAGACAAGGCUACACCAUCCGCAUCCUGCUGUGGACCUUCGUACAGUCGUUCAAGGCUCUACCUUAUGUCUGCCUGCUUAUCGCCAUGCUUUUCUUCAUCUACGCCAUUAUUGGAAUGCAGGUGUUUGGAAACAUCAAGCUGAACGAUGAGAGUCACAUCAACCAGCACAACAACUUUAAGACCUUUUUCAGCGCAUUGAUGCUUUUGUUCAGGAGUGCUACAGGCGAGUCCUGGCAGGAGAUAAUGCUCUCCUGUCUGUCGGGACAAGGGUGUGAACCAGACCCCUCCAUCGCCCCCCUCACCAUGUCUCCAGACCACGAGGGUGGCUGUGGCACCGACUUUGCUUACUGCUACUUCGUCUCCUUUAUCUUCUUCAGCUCAUUUUUGAUGCUGAAUCUGUUUGUGGCUGUGAUUAUGGAUAAUUUCGAGUACCUGACUCGAGACUCCUCCAUCCUGGGCCCUCACCACCUGGACGAGUUUGUCCGAAUAUGGGGGGAGUAYGAUCGACUCGCGUGUGGGCGUAUUCACUACACAGCCAUGUAUGAGAUGUUGACACACAUGUCACCGCCGCUGGGCUUGGGGAAGAAAUGUCCUGCUAAGAUYGCCUACAAGAGGUUGGUAUUGAUGAACAUGCCCGUGGAUGAAGACAUGACCGUCCACUUCACUUCCACCCUGAUGUCACUCAUUCGCACAGCUUUGGACAUCAAAAUAGCUCGAGGUGGGGAGGAUCGCAUCGCUCUGGACUCUGAGCUGCAGAAGGAGAUCAGUAUCAUUUGGCCUUAUCUGCCCCAGAAGACCUUGGACCUACUGGUACCUAUCAACAAAGAUACCGACAUGACGGUGGGGAAGAUCUACGCUUCGAUGAUGAUAAUGGACUACUUCAAACAGAACAAAGCCAAGAARCUCCGGCAGCAGCUGGAGGCUCAGAAGAGUAAGUUGAUGUUCAAACGUCUGGACGCCUCCACCCUCCCUGAGGACAUUCUGUCCAACACCCAGCCGCUGCCGAUGAUGGCCCACAGUGCUGGUUCAGCUCUGACCAGAGGAGGCUUCGUGGCUCUGAGCCCCAUCUCGCCGCAGGAAUUAUUUUUGCAGCCCAUAAGCUCAGAUGUGGACGCAAGUCAGCAACAGAAUCUGCAGACAGAGGUUAGAAGUGGAUCCAUGAAGCGUUCAGUCUCCACAGUCGCGGAUCAGCGUGUAAACGGACUCUGGCAGGAGGAAAAAAGUCCAGAGCGAGUGUAUCGACCUCGUCACAAAAGCUACAAGGCUGCUGUUUCUCGGUCCGAGCACCGGGAGCGUGGCCGCUCCAAAGAGCUUUGCCACCUCCUGUCUCCCGACACGUCUCGAUGCAACUCAGAGGAACGCAGCCUGCAGCCCUCGCGGUCCUCCAGCGCUGAGAGAGARCACCUGCAGGACAAACAGGGCAACAGUUCAGACAGCCCAGUACCCUCCACCUCAGAGUCCAGCACACCCAGYGGCCGGCGACCUCUGUCCCAGACCCCGACCCGAUCUCACCCUCACAUCUCCUACUCCCCACUUGUGUGUCGCACCCAGACCUCGGCUGUGGAAGACGAGGACGGCGAGCAGGGCAGCCCAGAAACCGUGAGRCAGGGUAAGCCCGACUGGGACACCCAGGAAGGGGCUGCAGGAGAGCGGAGGAGCAAGGCCGGCGGGUACUCGUCCCCACCCCGACGCUACCCAUCCGAGCCUUUCCUGGCCUCGCAGGAGGACGACCACAGCCCGGACCCAACCGGUCCAAUGGARACGCUGACCUUUGAGGCGGCCGUGGCCUGCAGUUUAGGGCGCGCAAACACCAUUGGCUCGGCCCACCCGCGCUGGCGGACCGGGUGGCAGGUCCCCAACGGACACUUCCGGAAGYGUCUCGUGCAGACGACCUCAACGUCAGGCUGCGACCCACUCAGCGACACAGAGGAGGACGACCGGUGCUAGGGACAGGAGACGCUCUGCAUCUGCAUCCAGAGUGAAAGUUUAUCUGACUUUUUUUUUUUUUUGCAUCUUCAACGCUGUGAGCCCUCUGGAUGUAAAGACUAAACUGAAACGGUAGUUACCAAUUCACACAGAACACUGACAAUCACUAAGGUCUAUUUCCUGACUUGUACUUGACGAUACAGAGUAAUAAUGCAUCUCAAGUAUUCGAUGAGUACAGAAAAAUAAAUCAAACAAAAGGACCAGAUCGUGUCAUUUUUGUCCAUAGAUAGAUUGAUUUCUCAAAGUGUUUUUUUAAACGAGUCAGUGUUGCUCUGAACAAUAUUUUCUGUGGGGUGUGUGAAUAUGGAACUAUGUUUUAUUAGAAAUUUUUGUAAAUACAUUGUGAUCAUCUCACCAUUGCCAUUUAUUAAACCAAGUUGAUGCAACAAGCCAUCCUGAAGCGGCAAUCACAAACUUUACCAGACAAUGAUAUAUUAUUAAUAAUAUUAAUAAGUGACUCUUUAUAAUGCUGGAUUUUUUACAUUAGAAAUAGAUGUGGAGGGGGGGGGGCUGCCUGAUUUCCCCAUGUUGUUUCUUUUAUUUUAGUUUUUUGUAAUAAAUACAAUUUCUGAGAGCUGAUAUAAAGUAAAACRGAAAAUAAACUUGUGAUUUUAUUCGACAUUUUUAAAUCAUGUCUCCAACAAACCCCAAUUUUUAAAAUUGCUUGAUUUUAGACUUUUUUUGUUGUUUUUAAACCCUUUAAUUAAAACAUAUCCCCAAAUACAAAACUUUCCCACUAUUUUCACAUUUUGUAAUCGUGAAAAUCAACCUUUCCCGGACAAUGACUGCAGAAACAUUCCAGAAACACCAUGAUGCAUUUUACUUCAAAAAAUCCCACAUUGCUCUAUAAGGGUUAUGAAUAAUGUACAGAGAAAAAUAUGCUGUUUGAAACAUUUAGAGAAGAAAUUUGCAAAGCUGUACAGGUGUGAUGGAAUCCUUGGAAAUAUUCAUGUUAAGGUUGUGUUUUGUUUUAUUUGCCUGAAGAGGGCACAAUCUGUGAAAUCCACUUAACCAAAAGAUUUGUAUCAUACGUUCCAGGAAUGCAAAUAUUUUGUUGGUUUUUAUGUGUACAAUAGCUGUAUAUACUAGUAAAGGUGUCCUCAAGUUGC